AAUUAACCAGUGAGAGAGAGACAGGGAGAGAGGGAGAGAGCGAGAGAGGACGAAAUGCUUCUGAAAUUAUUCUCGAAAUAGCAAUCAAGCACCUCUUCACGCCCUAUUUCAUUGUUUCGUUUCGAUCUUCUUCUUUCUUCUCUAUCUGCUUCUGUUUCUCUGCAAUUGGGUUUUUCCUAGCUCUUUUUUUUAUCCGGGGGUGAAGCUAAUGAUGUAUAGAUUCUGUUACGAUUUGUGCCUGGAAAUUCUCCAAUCUUACCAGGAGGACUGGUGCCUCGAUGAGAUGAAGUGGAGAUCUACAAUGAAUCAUAAAGAGGCUAGCAAGAACUAGAGUUGAUAUUGCUCACCAGUUGUAUUUAUGGCAUCUGCUGCUGGUCUAGGACAUGGUGGUGUAGGCAGCUCGAGGACAACUAACAGCUUUAAGGGGUCAUCUAGUUCAGUUGACUGGUUAGGAAGAGAGAUGCUUGAGAUGAGGUUAAGCGACAGCAGGUUGGACCAGGAUGAUGAUAGGGAUAGUGAACCAGAUAUAAUUGAUGGCAUGGGUGCUGAGACAGGACAUGUUAUAGCAACAACUAUUGGUGGUCGGAAUGGUCAACCCAGACAGACAUUCACUUAUAUAGCAGAGCAUGUGGUUGGAACAGGUUCCUUUGGUGUUGUUUUCCAGGCCAAAUGUAGAGAAACUGGAGAAAUCGUUGCUAUAAAGAAGGUUCUCCAAGACAAGCGCUACAAGAAUAGGGAGUUACAGAUCAUGCAAAUGCUGGAUCACCCUAAUAUUGUCGCCCUUAAGCAUUGCUUCUUUUCAACAACAGAUAGGGAAGAGCUUUACCUAAAUCUUGUGCUUGAGUUUGUCCCUGAGACUGUUAAUCGUGUUUCAAGGCACUACAAUAGGAUCAACCAGAGAAUGCCCUUGAUAUAUGUCAAACUCUACACUUACCAGAUUUGCAGGGCGCUUGCUUAUAUACAUAAUUGUGUUGGCAUUUGUCAUCGCGAUAUUAAGCCUCAGAACUUACUUGUCAAUCCGCAUACACAUCAGCUGAAACUUUGUGAUUUCGGAAGUGCAAAAGUAUUGGUUAAAGGAGAACCUAAUAUUUCAUACAUUUGUUCAAGAUAUUAUCGUGCUCCUGAGCUCAUCUUUGGGGCAACCGAAUACACAACUGCAAUAGAUAUCUGGUCUACAGGUUGUGUAAUGGCCGAAUUACUCCUUGGACAGCCAUUGUUUCCUGGAGAAAGUGGGGUCGAUCAACUAGUUGAGAUCAUCAAGGUUUUGGGGACACCUACUAGGGAGGAGAUAAAGUGCAUGAACCCAAAUUAUACAGAAUUUAAGUUCCCGCAAAUAAAAGCUCAUCCAUGGCACAAGGUUUUCCAAAAGCGUUUACCCCCAGAAGCUGUUGACCUGGUCUCUAGGUUCCUUCAGUACUCCCCUAAUCUGCGAUGCACUGCUUUAGAAGCAUGCACUCAUCCUUUCUUUGAUGAGUUAAGAGACCCGAACACUCGCCUGCCUAAUGGCCGCCCUCUUCCUCCCCUUUUCAAUUUCAAACCACAAGAACUAUCUGGCAUCCCAUCAGACAGUCUUGGGCGCCUUAUUCCAGAGCAUGCAAGGAAGCAGAACUUGUUCAUGGCAUUGCACACAUAGGCAGUGAGGCAGCUCAGAUGGACUCAUCACCUCUUUCCAUGUCAUCUGGUAUUGGAAAAGUGUAUAAAUUAUCCGCCCCUCCCCCCCAAAUUUUCCUUCUUCAAUUUCCCUGUUUAUUUUGUAAUGCAAAUGAAGUUGGUAUGAUGUUUUUAAAAACCCAAUGAGUUGUAGCAAUUUCGAGUCUUUCCAAUUUCUGUUCAAACUGUUUGAACAUCUCUGGAGUUAAAUUCAGGCGUGCUCUUGUUUAAAUGUCAGGACGUCGUAACCUUUGUGCUCUCUGCUUGUGUUGCAGACAUACAUGUACUAUGAGUUUUGUUAUGUUGAUCACCAUGUACCACCAUACUCUUUUUAUCAAUUAAAUGAACCGUGCUUAAU